GUCAAAAAGAUUUAAUGGCUAACGUAGAUUUGACGUUUAGUCUUUCGCUCUUGCUAAAGAAAUGUUGAAUUUAAAACAUUUUAUGUUUUUAUUUAGUUUUCUGAAUAAAAUUUGACGGAAAUAGUUAUAAACUUUACAUAGAAAGUAUGUGGUGGUUGGAUUGAUUCUAAAUCUCAUGGUGGAGCAUUCAUGAAGUUUCGGGCAAACGCAUUUUGUGUUAAAUUUUAAUAAUUAUUAUACGAAUUGUAUCGUCAUAAGAGGCUAAAAUUGAAUAUUUAUUGUCUCAAUAAAUAUUAAUAUAAUUUAAUGUAAAAGCAAAAUGUCAAAAUGACUUAUUGGCGCGUAUAUUUUUUGUGUGUUUCGAAGUGUUUCUAGUUUUUAACUAAAAUGGUUACGAUGAACUCUUCUGAGAAGGCGGCACAGAAGGCUUGUCAGCAAGGCCCAUCCAGGGAUAAUUCGAAAUAUGUCAAAGAGGAAAAGGAGAAAGAAAAGGAUAGAGACAAAAAAGAUGCAACAAAUCUACCGAAAGGAGUUCAAGCUCUGAUGUCAACAAUCCCGUCACCCGAGGAGUCUCCCAACUAUCUCAUAUAUAAGAAGAUGGAAGCCAUAAUUGAGAAGAUGCAGGACGAGAACACCGGAGUGCCGGUGAGGACUGUGAAGAGUUUCAUGACCAAGAUACCUUCGGUGUUCACCGGUUCGGACCUGGUGGCGUGGCUGGCGCGCCACCUGAGCCUCACGGAGCCCUGGGAGGCGCCGCACCUGGCGCACCUGCUGGCCGCGCACGGCUACCUGUUCCCGAUCGACGACCACUGUCUCACCGUCAACAACGACAACACAUAUUACAGAUUUCAAACUCCGUACUUUUGGCCAUCUAACCAGUGGGAACCGGAAAAUACUGAUUAUGCUGUGUAUCUGUGCAAGCGCACGAUGCAAAACAAAGCUCGUUUAGAACUGGCGGACUACGAAGCUGAAUCACUUGCGAGACUACAGAAGAUGUUCUCCAGAAAGUGGGAGUUUAUCUUCAUGCAGGCGGAGGCUCAGAGCAAGGUGGACAAGAAGCGAGACAAACUGGAGCGGAAAGUUCUGGACAGCCAAGAGCGAGCGUUCUGGGAUGUUCAUCGACCCAUGCCAGGCUGUGUGAACACAACGGAACUGGACCCCAGAAAGCUCUCGCGCAUCAACGCUCUGAAGGAAAGACGUCUGAAGCAAGCGCAGGAGUUGAUCUUACAGAACAAUCUCAAGAACAAUCCGAUAGUGACGAUCACAAAUCCGCAGGAGAGUGAGGAGGAGAUACAGAAGAAAAAUGUCGAUGUUGUCGUCAAAGAAAAUGGAGAGAGCUCCCAACCGUCCGCGGCGGCGCCGGCGCCGGCGCUGGAGCAGCAGAUCGAGGCCGCCAGGAGGCAGCUGACUAUGCUCAGGGCGAGGAUCGAGAGACGAAACGUCAAAGUCAGCAAAGUCGCUGAGAUGUUCAUAGCGUAUUGUGAGCAAUACGCUGAAUAUGACGCGUUCCUCACUCCCCCCGAGUGGCCGAACCCAUGGAUCAGCGACACCACAGAGCUGUGGGAGCAGGAGAAGCAAUGCAAGGACCCGCUGCCGCUGCGGCGCGUGCGGCGCUGGUCGUUCGGCCUGCGGGAGCUGCUGCAGGACGCGGCGGGACGAGAUCACUUCGCCAAGUUCCUCUCCAAGGAGUUCAGCGGGGAGAAUCUCAAAUUCUGGCUGGCGGUGCAAGAGCUGAAAGCUUUACCGAUACGCCGCGUCUCAGCUCGCGCCAAGGAGAUAUGGAAGGAGUUCCUGGCCUCCGACGCUCCGUCGCCGGUCAACAUCGACGCAGCCAGUCGCGAAUUGACUAGAACCAAGGUGGAAUCGGGCGCGGCCGAUAGAUAUUGUUUUGAUCAGGCGCAGGCUCACGUGUACCACCUGAUGAAGUCGGACAGCUAUUCCCGGUACCUCCGCUCCGAAAUGUAUAAGGAUUACUUGAACGGCUCCAAGAAAAAGACCUCAGUCAAAGGCAUUCGCUCAAUCGUGUCGUUCACAGCGCGAAAGGAUACGUCAGCCAAUUGAAAACUUUACCCUCUCGUCGGGUGGCAGUCGGGUAAAAUAGGUUGUGUUAUUCGAAAGCAAAAUUAUGAAGUUGUAAGGAAUUGAAUUUUGUGGUAUGUCUCUCUUUUUUAUUUUUUAUUUUUAGUUUUUAUUUUUUUAUUGGUGAGUUUGGAGAAUAAACAUACAUAUUCGGUAUGGCAUAUAUAAGAGAAAAAAAAAACCAUUUUUUUUUUCUAUUUUCAUAUAUUCUUGUAAUAAACAUUUUGCUAAUUUUAACCGUGAUAAAGCAAAUAAUAAAAACAAAAUUAUUUUAUUUAAAUUGAUUUCUUAAAUCUUAUGUUGAUGACAACACUAUUUUUUUUUUACAGAAAAAAGCAAUAAUUUAAACAUUAUGUAAUUUAAAAAAAAAUAAAAACUUAAUUUUGAAUUAUUCUUAAGGAGGCAAAAAUUUACAUGAAAAAUACAAGUUUACUGAAUUGAAUUUAAAAAUUUCUAAAAAGUAUUAAAACAGCCAAAAAAUGUAUACUUUUAAAAAAAAAGUUACAAAUAGCAAAAAAAAUAUCGGCAUUUUAAGGCCUUUGUAUAAAUGAUUUUUAGUCAUAAUCUAGUAGAAUAUUUAUUUACAAACGCUCCAGGCCAUUUUAAACCUUAAAUUUAUCAAUAUAAAGUCCAUUUUACCUGUGUGUUAUAUCUGCCAAAUACAAUUUCUUUUUGGUAUAACGAAAUUGUAUGUAUUUAAAAAAAUAUUUUUAUUUAAAAUGUGAUUUUGUUUAAACACAAGCCAAUAGGAAAUAUGCCUGUAUUUAGUUUAUAUUCUUAAGUGAUAAUUUACAUUAAAUAAUCCAGCUUCAAAAAACAAAAACAAAAUUUUAAUCAAUAUACACAGUAAAACCAACCAAGCUGCCCGAGACAGUGGUCCAACUGCUAGGUCCAAUUAGUUGGACCACGGAUCUUUAACGGGACAGUUGUCCAACUUUGAAAAUAGUUGAACCACUAGUUAAACCACGUUGGACAACUGCCCCAACUGCGGUGGACCACUGCCCAGGAUUGAACUAUAGUAGGCUAGUAAAGUUUAAAUAUUGUAAUACUAAAGUGAAUACAGUUAAUAAAAUAUUGCAAAUAAUUUUGAACAUGCGCGCGCAUAUUCUAUAUUUACAUCAACGGUGUAAUUGCCAACAAGUCAAAUUAUAUUUGUUAUUUUUGUUUAUUAUAUAUUAAUUAGGUUUGUCUACAAUUAGUAAAACAAUACAUUUAAUGAAACAUGUAAAAUAUUUAAUCUUAUUGUACAAUCGAUUACAGGCAAUGGCAUCAUGCAUAUCUAUAUAUAUAUAAAACUCUUGCGUUACUGAGUGACUGACUGACAGACAACGCACAGCCGAAACUACUGGGCGUAGAAAGCUGAAAUCUGGUGUGUGUGGUGGCUUCCUAGGACAGUGUAGGGGAGCACUCAGAAGAGGUUCCCUGGAAUUUCCACGGGAAACUGAUUUUUACUCACAAACGAAGUUGUGGACAAAAGCUAGUUAAACAUAAAGUAGCUCUAUAUGUCACACACGCAUUUAACUUAAUUUUGAAAAUAAAUAAUAAAUUAUAUUGAUCAUGAUCAAUUUAUAAUCUCAAAACAUUGUGUUUCCAUACGUGUUUGUUUAAUUUUUUAUCCUGGCAAUUACUCUAUUGAUAAAAUUAUGAUAAAAAAAACAAUUAAUAACCAAAGCUUAUUUAGAGGUCACUAUCGGAGGGAAUUAAAAA